GGACCCAGCCGUCUAACGUUAUUAGGUAGCUAGCUGUGUACAGUCAGCGCAUAUUGUUACACACUUUGUGGCACUAGGAUGAGAGAUUGAACGUUUCCAACUAGCUGAUUGACACGAACCAUUUGUCAGCGUUUGUGUUGAAUUGAUGUUGUUGCAGCUAUGUCAGAGUUCAUCCUAACCUUCCAAUACCAGCUCAAUGGAGUCAUGGAAACUAUCCUCAAAACCGCCGUGCAUGAGAUCACUCGGCUGGUGAAGGACAACUUCCUGGAGGAAGUGACAGGGAGCAAGCAGGAAGUGGACGUCUUGAAGGAGAGGCUGCAGAGGUGGAGGGACAGAGAGGAGGAGAGGAAGAGGAGGGAAGUUGAAGAGAAAGAGCAGAGAAAGAAGAGGGAAGAGAGAGAGCAGAGGGGGAUGUGUAGGAGAUGUGGUUGUGCUGGAGACACUGAGGAGAGAGAAGAGGCUCUGUUAGUAGAGGAACGUUGUGUUAUCGAACAGGAGAUCUUCCAGCCAGGUGGACCCAACACUCUCCCAGAGAGAGAGGGUCCACAGGAAACGGCCACACCCAGCUCUUCCUGUGUCUCUGAAAGGAUGGAAGAGAUGGAGGCCCAUGUCGUCAGCAUCAAAGAGGAGCAUGAUGACUGGGGGGAUCUGGUUACCCAGAUGAUCACAUCCACAGAUUCCCCCAUAAUGAGCCAGAGUCGUCUGCAGAGAUUGAGCUCACAUCAUGGGGCCAGUGAGCUUCUUCCUCCAGCACCACGGGCCAGGAAAGAGCAUCACCUACUCCCAAGGUCAGUGAUACCCACUCAGGGGACAGAGCAUGCUGUGGGGGCCUUCGAGACCAGCCCCUACGGCAUGAGCAUCAACACAACGGCAAAGCUGAGGGUCAAACCCUACAGCUGCCCACACUGUGGGAAGAGCUUCCCUCAGCUCCGAAACCUGAAAGACCACCAGAAGUACCACCACACAGGGAAGAAGGCCUUCACCUGCUCCCAGUGCAGUAAGGGCUUUGUGUACAUGUCCCACCUCAGGGUACACAUGCAGCGCCACACAGGGGAGAGGCCGUUCAGCUGCUCUCAGUGUGGGAAGAGCUUCAGCCUUCAGAGCGGCUUGAAGAGACACAGGGUCAUUCACACUGCAGAGAUGCCUUACCACUGCACGGACUGUGGGAACAGAUUCAAUUCUAGAGCGGACAUGAAAAGACAUGAACAGAUUCAUGCAGCAAGGUAGACCUUUGAGAUGAAGCAGGUUGAUUGAAAAAAUCAGAGGGGGGAAAUAACUACCCACGUGUACUAUGUUCAAUGUGUUGUUGCUGAUGCAUUUAAUGUUGAGAGGAAUAAAACACAUUAUGAAUA